GCCGUUUGUAAGGAUAAACAAAACACUUCAUCAUCAGUGCAAAACAAAUAUGAAUCAAAGUUUAAAAAAAUGAGAUGGAUUUAUUUACACAUGAGUUGAGCAUUUCUGUAAGUGAGUGCUGUAACGUCAAUAGUUAGAUGGCUAUUUAUUCUCAGGUGAGCAGUUCAGCUUUUUAUCGUUUGUCGUUGUUUUCACUUACAUAUCAAAAACACUUUUGUCGUGGGAACUUUUGCCUUGAAUCUCAUGACUCCACGGUUUACGAGGUGUUGCUGUUAAUGACAAUAUGUUUCUUCAUGGAUUUCUAAUUUCCAUUUAUUUUGUUCACCCAGUCUGUAUCAGGUUAUUAUACAUCCUGCAACAUGACCUGCAUUGUCCACAAAACAAGAGUGUGCUGAUUUUGGUCCUCUGUAUAUUACUAUUCUUCAAAAUCAAGUAUAAUGUGAUAAUCGGGUUGAUCAUGACAGGAAUAAUAAUUUUACUAUGCUCUGCGAUUACUUAUUCUCAGUGUUGCAAAAUGUCCCAUUCAAACUGUUAUGUUUUACUGGGUUUCAUUAUUCUGGAAGACUUACUAACCGUCAUCUUCUGCAUAUUAACUAAAAGAUUUAAACAAGUUGUGUUCAUAGUUAUGAUUUCUUUAUCGGCGGCUUUUGUUAUAAUUGGUGGGCUUUUGUUUUAUUUCGGGAACAGUGAUGAAGUUAAGAUUUCAUUGGCCGGUGGCUUUUGGAACACGGCUUUAGAUCUGGCAGCAUUGUGUUUUGCUAGUUCUCUGAAAUUUAUUUCAUAUCAGUUGACUCCUCUGUAUUAUGUUGAGCAAUUUCCACUGUUUGUUGACACAUCUGCACCGAUUUAUUCACAGUAUGCAAAUCUUCGACUUACUGCUGCACAAACGUGUCUCCGAAAGUACAUCAUUUUCUCCUGUUUAAUGGUUUUGGUGACAAUAAUCACGACAUCAUGUGGAGCGACCAUACCACACCUUGAACGUUUAUACAAAUUUUUCUACGUACCACUUGUGUUUUCCGUACUUGGUGCGAUCCCCGUAUCACUGUUGUUCAUUAUUGUGAAACUGAAAGAGUCAUUUCCGCUUAAUGAAGUAUUGAUCUCAUUGUCCGUCUUAUUGUGGUCUUUCGCAAUACCCGCGAUCUCCAAAUCCAUGAAAUAUUUAAUUUUUGCACCAUGGAGUAUAGCAAUCACUCUAGCUGUGGUGACGCUGAUCAUUGGAUAUAAAACAGUUAAACGGAGUACAAAAGUGAGCAUCAUACUAUUGAGCAUCGCUGGUGGAAUCACAAUGUUGGGUCUCAUUUUGUUAAUUGCUUUAAGAAUCAAGUUUGAACUACUUGCAGUUAUCCUGUCUGGCAUAUUCUUGGCUUUCGCUGUACUCAUAGUGUUAUAUCUUACCGGACAAGGUAUAAAGCGUUGCUACAAUGCUACAACCAAGAAUCUCCUGCCAGUUUGGUUGGCCCUGAUUACUUGGGUAGCAACUGUUUAUUUAUUCAUAUCCAUAGCUGUGAUGUUUAUAGAAGGCAGAAUGCUGAGGCUUACAUAUAUGAACAACAAUUAUAUCCUGAUUUGA